AUGAAUGAUCUGUGUGGUGAAUUUUCCUCCAAUUUCACCUUGGAAUGCGUGAGGCCUUUAUGCUGGGGUCCACCGUGGGGAGUAGUGGCAGCGUUGCUGGUGCCGCUUAGUCUCGUCGUCAUUGUAAUAUUUCUUCUUAGACGAAAGGUUAAAAGGUCAGACAACGAACAUCUGCUUGACAAUUCUGAGAAUGCGUGGCAAACAGAUGAUGGAUGUGAACAAGAAAUCUGUGUUGAUGAUUUCGUCGUUGUCACUGAACAGCGCCGGUCCACUCGCGUCGAGGUGAGCAGUAUUCUGGAGUACAUCACAAGUCGACUUGCUGAAGAACAUCCAUUCCAAGAUGAGUUCAAGGAGCUUCCUGCCGGACUACUUUAUGAUCACGAGGAAGCAUACAAGCCUGAGAACGAAGGACGAUUCCGCUACCGAGGAAUAGUUCCAUACGAUCACUCCAGGGUUAUAUUACGAACUCUAAGACCCACACAGGAAACUGACUUCAUCAACGCCUCCUACAUUGAUGGAGGAUACAUCGCUGCACAGGGUCCAACGUCAAACACGAUCACGGAGUUCUGGAGGAUGAUAUGGCAAGAAAGGUGUAGCCGUAUAGUGAUGCUGACCAACCUUCACGAGUGGGGAGUUAAAAAGGUGGAACAGUACUGGCCAGAUGAAGGGGAAGUUCGAUAUGGCGACCUGGUCAUCAAAAUGGGAAGCGUCCAGCAUUUCUCAAACACUCUUUUGAGAAGGCUUACAAUUAACUUGGGUAACGAGUCACGUGAGGUGUUGCACUUCCUGUAUCCUGACUGGCCGGAUCAUGACGUUCCCAGUGAAACGGCUGGUAUCCUUCACUUCCGGUUCCAGGUUCACUCGGUUGACCGCCAGUCCACUGGGCCGAUUGUCGUCCACUGCAGUGCCGGCGUCGGGAGAAGCGGGACGUUCAUCGCUCUGGACUUACUGCUCCACCGAUGUCUGAGAUCCCGUCACGUGAACGUUUUCUCCUGCGUCGUUCACCUCAGGAGCAGGCGCACUCAGAUGGUGCAGACGCUGGACCAGUACGUGUUCCUUCACAAGGCUCUCCUGGAUGGUAUGCUCUGUGAGGGUUCUAUCAUGCUGGAGGAAGAUUUCUUGGCGGCUUCGGUGCGAAUCUCGAGGUCGUCACAUGACUACGAGAACUUGAACCGUAUUAGCCAGCAGUAUGAGAAACUUGAAGCUAUAAAACCCUUGUUGGAUGAGCAGCCAUGUGAAGAAGCCACCAGUCCCGAGAACAUUGGUAAAAACCGAGAUUUGAAUUGUUUACCUGAUUUCCGCUUCCGGGUGUACCUGACUUCCGUAACCGGAAAGGACAACUACAUCAACGCCGUCUACUUCCCGGGCUAUGGGAAUCGUCGUCUGUUUAUCUCUACCCAAAUGCCGCUGUCUAACACGGUACAGGACUUCUGGCGGAUGAUGGAAGAACACGACUGUUCCACGAUCAUUACUCUGGAACCAUGUGAGAAGUUUGACAUGUACUGGCCUGACAUAGGACAGUCGCUAAACCUGGACUGCUUUGACGUUACCCAGACUGAUCAGAGAACCCUGAACGCCAUGGUACAACGGACUUUUACACUGGACUAUAAGAAAUGGGGUAACAAGCAGAGAGUGGUCAAGCAGUUUUGUUUCACUCAGUGGCCGAGUGAUAAGGCCAUUCCGUCAUCACACGUCUUUCUACUCCUGCUAAUGGAAGCCGUGGCAGAGUGGACUGGAGAGCCUCCGCUGUCUACAAUCGUCCUGCAGUGUCGGAAUGGGGCUGAGCGAUGUGGACUGUUUGCUGUGUGUUGGUCUGUGCAUCAGCGACUGAGUCAAGACGGUAUUUUCUCCUUGAUGUUGACCGUUAAAGAGUUGAGACGGGCACGAACUAAAGUCAUCACCUCUCUGGAGCAAUACAGAUUCUGUGAAGAAUUCAUACUGAACUUCGCCCAGGGACACCAUGAGUACAGUAACAUUGAAUUCGCACCGCCGAAAGUGCCGGAGAAAUAUAAACCAACCAAAAAGCCCCGAAAGUUAAUGAACUAACAGCUCAAAAGGGUUGUUGUUGUUUUUUUUUCAGAAAACGGAACGAAUGAAUGAAUGAAUAAUUGCAGCCGGGAAAUAAAAGAAAGUAACACUGUUUAUGUAAAGUAAAGUUGCAAUCUGGAAAUCCUUGUGUGAAGAAAGAACCAUUUUCUAUUGUAUAAUGUCAUAUUUGUGCCAUUACAUGGAUAUACAUGUAGGAGAAGUGUAUUUGUUGAAUAAUGAUCUUUGUCUUAAAUAUUCCGCGGGAGAACCUUGUUGCGUUUACUUUUGCUUUCUGGGGCCGAUUCCAUAAAGCCAUUUUUCACUUAAGUCAAAAUUUGAAAUGCACAAUUUUAGAAUUUAUUUUUGGGACCAAGAAAUUACAAUUUAGAACACCUUAUGAAUGUCAUCUGAAGAUAAAUUUAUAAACAUUACAACUUACAGAACCCCCCAAAAAGUAAAAUGAUGAGAUUAUAAAUUUUGACUUAAGUC